UAUAUGGCCACCCUAACUGCCAGCUGUGUUUUAGCGCACAUGUUUUGAUUGUUUUUGAUUCGGAAAUCCUGCGCCGAUCUCCUCCAGAACUGGGAAAAUGGGCGGCCACCACAAGAAGAACCUGCGGGCGGAGAAGGCCAAGGUGAAGCUGAAGGGCGCCAAGCUGCCCAAGGGCCUCAAUGUGACCAAGACGGACUUCAAGGUGCGCAAGAUCGAGAUUCGGGAGCAGCUGAAGGAGUCCUCCUACACGGAAUUCGGCCAGCGGCAGCUCAAUCUCAAGGAGACACUCUCCCGGCUGAAGCAUCACAGCGUCAAGUUCCGCCAGGAUGCGCUGCGCAAUGUGCGCGAUUCCCUAAAGUCCGGCAAUGCGGAUCAUCUUAUUGGCCAUCUGAACGUGCUGUUCCAGGGCAUUGCGGCCGGAGCUUUGGACAUGGAGCGCUCGGCGAGACAGGAAUCAUUCAAGACGCUCGAUGUUCUGCUGGAGGCCCUGCAGCCGCAGGCGGUGGCGCCCUUCUUCCAUGUCAUUGCCACCUAUUUGCGCUGCGCCAUGACCCACGUGCUGCCCGCCAUCCAGGAGGAUUCCCUGCUCAUGCUCGACGUCCUGCUGCAGCGUGUGCCGCCGGCUCUGUUGGCUGAGCGGAGUGCCAGCGUUAUUAUCGGCAACUUCAUCGACAUGAUCUCCCGCGCCCGCCACGACAACGAGCGCUCGAAUCGUACCCUGACUUUGAACCUGGGCCAGGGCAAGCAGACGACCGUGAAGUGGCGCACCAAGGUGCUCAUUCGCCUGCAGCAGAUCCUCGGCACGCUGGUUAGCUCCAAGAACGCCAAAGCAGCCGUAGCCCGUGUGGUUCACUUCGAGGAGAUGCGUCCGCAGUACUACAAUGUGCUGUGUCCCACGCCCAAGGACAACCGCGAUAUAUAUGCCAUCCUCAAGGAACCCAAACUAAGUGCCGAGGGUACUCAGCUGCAAACCUACUUGGAGCAGCUGCUGCCGCUCCUCCAGGACAACUGGCUGGAGGUACGUCCGCAGCCACAACAACCGCUGCUCACCCAGGAUGCGGCGGCCAGUCUGCAUGUGGUCAUCAGUCUAAUGAGCCUGCUCUGGACCCUAGUCGCACAGCAUGAAACGGAGCACAACACCAAGGAACUAAGCGAUUGGCUGAGAAAGAACUACGCUCAGAAGUUCGUGGUUAACUUUUUGGACAAGGACGGCAGUCGCUUUCCCUACCAACAAAUUCCCUUGGCGGCCAAGAAGUCGGCCAAGGACAAGGGAGCAGCAGAUGGCGGAGAACUCUGUUUGCCGCAAAACCUGGGCAUUGUUCCGCUGACCUGUAAAUUCUUUCCUAACCCCAACGAGAAGCAGGCUCAAUUGUAUGGGCAUUUGGUUUCCUACAUGCAACAGUGUUUGGAGCGUCUAAACUCGAUGCCGCCGGAGCAGCAGCUCUUAGUAGUGGCUUCCCUGCGCCCACUGCUCCUCGAAAAUGCUACCUCGCUGCUAAAUAUCGUGGCGGAUCCUUUGACCAGUCUGCUGAGCGUAACCAUUGAGGCUUAUGUGGGUCAGCGGUUCACCACACGCGAAGGCGUGGCCACUCGGGUGCUUAAUCUGCUCUGCGAGAUUGUGGAACGUUCGGAAUUGUACAAGCGCUUUGGCGGCGAGGCGAGAUUCGCUCCCUUCCUAAGCUAUCUGCCACAGUUGCUGUUGAAGCCAACAGUGGGCGAGGCCACGUUGCGAGCCAUGGCCACGCUCUGUCGCCAGCUGAAUGGAGUGUUUAUGUCCGCUCUGAUCCAGUCUGCCCCAGAGGUGAUCAGCCACUUGGUUAAGCUGCAGGUCACGGGCGACUCUGAAGACGAGGACAAGUUUGAGAACCAGAAGCGAGUCCUUAAUUUGUUCUAUUAUGCCAGAGAGUCGGAUAAAGAGGGACAAUUGGAGCGCGCACUAAAGCAGCUGGAGGAACAGGCGGAGAACGGUCGAAUUGCUGAUUACCUGAAGGCAGUGUUGGGUUUUAAUUAGUGUUCCCCGUUGACCGACACAUACACACUUUGUAUAGCUUCUACAAAUAGUUUAAUGUAUACAUUAUAUUCCUCUUUCUUAAGACGAA